UAAUCUUGAAAGCGGAUCAAUGACAUAAACUUGUGACAAUCUCAUUCUCACGUACCAAUCCUUUCCCUGCACAUUGAUCGGAUAAUCCAUCCCACAAAAAAUUCUUGAUCAAUUCCACCUCUCCAAUUAUUCAAUUUCAUCAAAAAGCUUAAACAUUUGCAAAAACCCAUCUCAAAAAUCCCCAAAUGCUCCGACUCCACACCCUCCGCCGCUCUCUGCAGCCACUCCGCCGCCGCCGCCCCUUCUGCUCCGUGCCCAACCCGCCCCCCGCCGCCAGCAGAGACGCCGAAUUCCGCCGAUACAUCGGCUACGGCGUCCUCUUCCUGGGCUGCGGCGCCAUCACCUACUACUCCUUCCCCUUCCCGGAGAGCGCCAAGCACAAGAAGGCGGAGCUCUUCCGCUACGCGCCGCUGCCGGCCGACCUCCACACGGUUUCGAACUGGAGCGGGACCCACGAGGUCCAGACUCGCACCUUCCUGCAGCCGGAGAGCGCCGCCGAGCUGGAGUCGGUGGUGAAGGAGUACAAUGAGAAGAAGCAGAAGAUCCGGCCCGUCGGGUCAGGCCUCAGCCCGAAUGGGAUCGGGCUGACCCGCAAUGGGAUGGUGAAUUUGGCUCUGAUGGAUCGGGUUUUGGAGGUGGAUGAGAAGAAUAAGAGGGUUAGAGUGGAGGCUGGGAUUAGGGUUCAGCAGCUUGUUGAUGGGAUUAAAGAUUUUGGCCUUACUUUGCAGAACUUUGCUUCAAUUAGAGAGCAGCAGAUUGGUGGCAUUGUCCAAGUUGGGGCGCAUGGCACUGGUGCGAGGCUACCUCCGAUAGAUGAGCAGGUUAUCAGCAUGAAACUAGUUACUCCGACUAAGGGCACCAUAGAGGUGUCCAAGGAGAAAGAUCCCGAGCUCUUUUACUUGGCCCGUUGUGGUCUUGGGGGGCUUGGCGUCGUCUCAGAAGUUACACUGCAAUGUGUCGAGAGACAGGAGCUCGUGGAGCACACAUAUGUGUCCACCAUGAAUGAGAUCAAGAAAAAUCACAAGAAACUUCUCUCCGAUAACAAGCAUGUCAAAUACCUAUACAUUCCUUAUACGGACAAGGUCGUGGUUGUGACGUGUAAUCCUCUUUCGAAGUGGAAAGGUCUGCCAAAGCAUAAACCUAAGUACACUGCUGAAGAAGCUACACAGCCUAUAAGAGACCUUUAUAAAGAAUCACUGAUAAAGUACAGGAAAACAGCUGUUGCAUCAGACGAAAAUGAGCCAAAUGUCGAUGAGCUUUCAUUUACAGAACUGAGAGAUAAGCUCAUUGCUUUGGAUCCUCUUAAUAAAGAACAUAUCAUGAAGAUCAAUCAAGCAGAGGCCGAGUUCUGGACUAAGUCGGAGGGGUAUAGAGUGGGUUGGAGCGAUGAAAUUCUGGGCUUCGAUUGUGGUGGGCAACAAUGGGUCUCGGAAACAUGUUUUCCAGCUGGAACCCUAUCGAAACCAAGCAUGAAAGAUUUGGAAUAUAUAGAAAGAUUACUGCAGAUGAUCGAACAAGAAGAUAUACCUGCCCCAGCACCCAUUGAACAGAGAUGGACGGGAUGCAGCAGGAGCCGUAUGAGUCCAGCUUAUAGCUCAUCACCCGACGACAUAUUCUCAUGGGUUGGUAUAAUUAUGUAUCUUCCUACUACGGAUGCUCGUGAGAGGAAGCAAAUUACCGAUGAAUUCUUCCACUACAGACGUUUGACUCAAGCAAAAUUAUGGGAUGAUUAUUCAGCUUAUGAACACUGGGCUAAGAUAGAGGUCCCAAAGGACAAAGACGAGCUUGCUGCGCUGCAGGCAAGGCUGAGGAAGAGAUUUCCGGUUGAUGCAUACAACCAGGCAAGAAAAGAGCUCGACCCCAACCACAUCUUUUCGAACUACAUGAUUGAAAAACUUUUCCCCGUCGCUGAGACUGUAUGAUAAAGAUAAAAGUCCGUCGUGUCCCUGGUAAUGUUUCCUUGGCUCAAUAGCUAUGGCAAUCUCUAGAAUUGAUUUAAGAUGCACAUAUCCACCAUUGAAUUGAUUUCACAUCCAAUCUUUCUUGAACCAUGAGUGCUCAUAUGGAUAAAAAAUACGAAGCGUGACUUGAUCAUUCCCAUCUUCUCUUUGUUGUUGUUUUCAUAAUCGUGAAUGAUUUUUUGUGCUUCGAAUGGUGCCCCAGGAUAUUAAUAAAGCAUGUGUGCUUACGCGUGA